CUCCACACAAGGAGGAAAAAGAAAUUACACUCCCACACACUUGCUCUUCUCCCUUCCACCUGUAAGAUCUGAUUAUUUCUAUUCUUAUCAACGGACGUCUGCACCCGCCUCGAAUUUUCUUCCUUCCCUUACUCUAUCUCCAUGACUGCAUGUGUGAUUCGUCGCUCGACCAUCGCUCCGAAGGUCGUGGGUUGACUUACUACUACAUACUUGUACCCUCUAUCUACGAACUGAACCUAAUUACGUCUUGCUGUCUCCGCAAUCAUAAAUUGCCUUGACAGCUUCCGUUAUCCUUCUACUUGUUCUUCUCCUUAUUGCCGAUCGAUUUCCUUACUCCCUCCAUCUUACACUCACCAAAUACCGACUUGAUUUCCUUCGCGCCUUUACUCUCCCGCCACAUACAGACCUGAAAUGGUUCACUCAACGGGCGAGGAACGCGCUGUACACCUCACACGAGAGGCGAUUGAAUUAGUAGACGCUGGUCAUCGUGAAGCUGCCUCGCGGAAUCUCCGAGAAGCCCUCUCUUUAGCCCCAGACAAUCCAGCUGUCAGAGAAGCUUUUAUCAAAAUCCAGGAAGAGGAGACAACUGGUCACCAUUUGCUCGAUCUUUGCCGGCGUUACACUUCUCGCAAAGACGAAAGUGCUGGAAAGGAUGCCGCCCUUUAUUUGCGCACGGAUGGUCUCAAACCUCCGGAGGAGGUCGCCUUAGAAUGUGCCAAACUUUUGCUAGCGCACAAAGCACAUGCGUUAUCUUCGUUGCAAGAUGAUAUCAUUUCAGGGUUGGUUCGGCAAAAUGCCAGCGUUCGUCAGUUUUUCUCAGACAAGCUGCAGAUUUCCGUGACUACGUUCUUUGAUGAAAUGUACGAUAGAGGCGACGGCGCUGCAGUAUGUCUCGAUACCGUCGUCUUGGAUCCCUCAGUAUGGCCUUCUGAAGCUGCUCGCUUGCAUUGUGAGCGCGAGCUUUUCCUGUUGUUCAUCGCUAAGCUUAUGGAGUCAGGCCAUGACUUAGACGGUCGCUCUCUCAAGGGAAUCGCGCGACUCCUUGCUGUUGAUGCGUCUAAGUUGCAGGACCAAGUUGAUGAUGAAGAAUUGGAUGUAAUCCUGUCCUCCUUGGAUCAUAGGCUGCCCCUUGAAUGGAGGAGUCAAGCUACUUUAGCGACCGUCAAGUAUCUUGAAGCCUCCCAGGAAACCGGACAGAACCGAUUCACAAAGCUCAUCUCUGCCAAACUUUCCAAGGCGCGCGUUGAUGACCAUAUCGUCGCGUUUUCGGCUACAGCCGCUGUUUUCCCUGUAAUCCCGGAGAUCGCGGCUACUCUGUUUUUAUCGGAAGAAUUCAUGGCCUCCCUAACACCCGUAUCUGCUAGAGAUGCCAAGCGCCGGAGGGUGGAGGUUUCAGUGUUGGAACUCCUGAAUGCUGCUUGUAUCAACAAGGCCUGCCGCGAAGCCAUCACCAAGAAUUUCUCUGAUUGGCUUUCUCACACAUUGACGAACGGCAGCGACGAGUCGUCCGAAUUGGCAGCGGUGGUAUUGGCUAAGAUACGCGUUUCUGACAAGGAUGCAUCGGGAUUUAAUGGUCAGGUGCAGGGUGACGAUGCCAGCGUUGCUGAAUUGGUUGGACGGUUUAAGACUAUAAUGUCAAGUCGCAAGGGUGAGAAUGUUCAAAACGUGAUUGAGGGCUUGGCAUACUCAUCCGUGAAGCCCAUUGUGAAGGAACAACUUGCCAAAGACUCUACUUUUCUGCGGGACCUGGUCAAGGUCUUGCAUGAGAACUUGAGCGAUUCGUCGGUUCUCUAUGGCGGCCUAAUGAUAAUUGUGAACAUCACCCAGUUCCUUCCGAAUAUGAGUGAAGAACAAAAGAAGAUGUCUCAACUGAAGUCGUAUGCAGAGGCUUCUCCCGAUGCCCGGGCGGGCCCAAAUCCCCUCGAGAAGGACGAAAACGUUAUCUCUCGUUGCAAUACCGCCAUUGAAGCUGGCAUCAUGCCGCUUUUUAUUGAGUGCAGCAAAUCAAACCUCCCCUCUGUCCAGGGCCUUGUAAGCAAGAUCAUGCUUUCACUGUCCCGGAAUCAGAAAACCAGAGGAACCCUAGCCCAGCAGGGCGGUGUCAAGCUAUUGCUCAAUAUUGGCAAUUCGAGACAGGGGAGCUCUGGUUCGAUUACAAACGAAGCUGUGCCUAAUGCCUCCCACGCACUGGCCCGCAUUCUUAUCUCCGUGAAUCCGUCACACGUGUUCCCUCCAUCUGGAUUUCCGCAGGUCACUUCGGCUAUCCGACCCUUAACUACACUUCUGGUGGUCCCUGAGACUUCAGCGGAUCAGCCACGCGAUCUUUUACCCAUUUUUGAAAGCCUCCUUGCGCUCACGAACCUCGCUUCUCAUCCGGAUGAAAGUGCGCCGGAUGCCAUUGUCCGACAGGCAUGGUCAGUGAUCGAGGAUUUGCUGCUUUCCAACAGCUCCUUGAUUCAACGGGCCGCAUGUGAGUUAGUGUGUAACCUGAUGACUUGUGAGGCUGGGAUAGUGAAGUUUGCGGACGGCUCUAAACGGGCAGGGCAACGCCUGCAUAUUUUGCUAGCUCUUACUGACACUGAUGAUAUUGCAACCCGGAGAGCCGCUGGAGGUGGUCUAGCUAUGCUCACUGAAUUUGAUUCCGUGGUCGCCGCCGUCUUGGACAAGCCUCGUGGUGUACCGCUCUUGCUACGUCUUUGCCAGGAAGAUGAUGAGGGGUUGUUGCACCGAGGGGUGGCAUGCGUGCGGAACAUGAGCUGCAUCGCAUCAGGUGAUAUUGGCCGGCGCGCAAAAGAAGCCCUGAAGAAGGGCGGUGCGGUUGAUAUAUUGACUAAUGUGCUGAAGAAGUCGAGGAAUACCGCGGUCCUCCAAACAGGGGUUGAAGCAUUGAAGCCUCUUGUUGAGUGAUGUUUUCGAAUCAUUUUAGUUCCAUAUGGGUUCCCAGUCUGUCCUAUUUCUUGCUUGUUAGCGAUUGAUUGUUUUAUUCAGGCGUGGGCUAGGGAUGACUUGCUAUGGUGUUUUUUGUUUUUCUGGCCUGCGUAUCGGCGUUGCUUGUCCUUUGUAGCUUCUGCAGGCAGCUUCUUCCUAUUUCCCAUUCUGUUAUCUUAUGAUUUCCCCGGUUUAUGAGGGCCAGGAACGGGCUCGGUGUCAUUUUCAGUUUGGCCAUGAGGGCACAUGCGCUUUACCGGGUCACUCAUAGACCAGAAUGACUGAUGUUUGUGAUGUAUUCUCAGUGGGCUACCUAGAACGUUACAUGAUACAGUUUCGAUAUGAGUUUUCAACUAAAGAUUCUUUUCCCCUACUCA